ACAUGGUCGUGCAAGUGUAAUUUUGACAGGUGCUUUUCCGAACUGCGGCGAUUUGUUGUGAUUUGGGAUUACAUUUUAAUCCAUUUUAUUUUGUGCAAGGUUGUUGACAUAUACUGUGAAGACACUGGCUGUUAUCACCUAGAAAAAGUUAGUCGAACGUGAGAGUUGUUGAACAAGACCCACACCUGCCGAGGCUUUUACUUUCGGCAGACGAAAGAACAUUUCCUCUCUUCCGGUUUACGAAAUAUGGGUUUUGGUGAGGCCAGUGUUUAUGCUGAUGGCUGAAAAACUACGACGUAUGCCUCCACAAUGUCUGCCAGCUUCUUGCACGUCGGGGACAUCGUGUCUCUGUAUGCCGAGGGCAGCGUCAACGGAUUUAUAUCCACUUUGGGGUUGGUUGAUGACAGAACAGUGGUACAGCCUGAAGCGGGUGAUCUCAACAAUCCACCAAAGAAAUUCAGAGACUGCUUAUUCAAGAUAUGUCCUAUGAACCGAUAUGUUGCUCAGAAACAGUUUUGGAAGGUUGCCAAGCAGACAUCAACAGAUCCUCAGCUUCUUGAUCGAUUGCAUCAUGCUGCGGAACUGGAGAAGAGACAGAAUGAACAGGAGUACAAGAAGGUUGUUGGAACCGACAUCCACUAUGGAAGUGUGGUCCAGUUCCUUCACAUCAAGAGCAACAAAUACUUAACAGUGAACAAGCGGCUGCCAGCCCACCUGGAGAAGAAUGCCAUGAGGGUGACUCUGGAUGCUGCUGGCAACGAGGGAUCCUGGUUUGUUAUUCAGCCCUUCUACAAACACAGCUCUCCCGGAGAUAAGGUUGUCGUGGGAGACAAGGUGGUUCUGAAUCCCGUCAACGCUGGUCAGCCGCUUCAUGCCAGCAACUGUGACUUGGUGGAUAACCCGGGCUGCAAGGAGGUAAAUUCUGUAAACUGCAAUACCUGCUGGAAGAUUACACUGUUUAUGGACUAUAGAGAAAACCAGGACGACAUUGUUAAAGGGGGCGACGUGGUGCGACUGUUCCACGCGGAGCAGGAGAAGUUCCUGACGGGGGAUGAGUACAAGAAACAGCAGUACAUCUUCCUCCGCACCACCGGCCGGACCUCCGCCACCGCCGCAACCAGCUCCAAGGCUUUGUGGGAAGUCGAGGUUGUUCAACAUGACCCAUGUCGAGGCGGUGCUGGUCACUGGAACAGUCUGUUCCGCUUCAAACACCUUGCCACUGGACAGUAUCUUGCAGCAGAGGUUGACAAUGACCUGACCCCUGAUGUGACGCGGAACAAGCUGCGUGGUCAGGCGGGCAGUCAGGUGUACUGUCUGGUGUCGGUCCCGCAUGGCCACGACAUAGCGUCCAUCUUCGAACUCGACCCCACCACCAUGAUCAGAGUGGACACCCUCGUACCACGACAAACGUUUGUGCGUCUCCAUCAUCUGUGUACAGACACCUGGGUUCACAGCACCUCCAUUCCCAUAGACAAGGAAGAGAAGAACUCUAUUAUGAAUAAAGAAUCACCAAUGGCUUGGCUCACUGUGGACCAAAUAGACAACGAUGAUGAUGACGAAUGGUUGCGGGUUGGUUGUGCUAAGAUCAAAGAAGACAAAGAAGCAUUUGCUAUAGUUCCUGUGUCACCACAGGAAGUUCGGGAUCUCGAUUUUGCCAAUGAUGCCAGUCAGGUUCUAGGAGAUAUUGCUAACAAGCUGGAGCGUGGGGCCAUUACUCAGAAUGAGAGACGAUUUGUCACCCAGCUGUUGGCUGACCUGAUAUACUUCCUGGCCGGGGAGGAGGCGUCUAGCACCAACGACCCGCUGGAAACCGAGUUCACGUGUGACGACCGCGAGAGGCAGAAACUACUGAGAGAACAGAACAUCCUCAAACAGAUUUUCAAGAUCCUGCAGGCUCCGUUCAUCGACCACGGCAACAACGGCCCAUUCCUGAAGAUGGAGGAGUUGGCGGACCAGCGCCAUGCCCCGUUCAGACACAUCUGUCGGCUGUGUUACAGAAUACUCAAACUCUCACAGCAGAAUUACAGGAAGAACCAGGAAUAUAUUGCCCAGAAGUUGCCAUUCAUGCAGAAACAGAUUGGGUACGACGUUCUAGCCGAGGAUACCAUUACAGCACUGCUACACAACAACCGCAAACUGCUGGAGAAGAACAUCAAGAAGUCGGAAAUUGACACUUUCGCAUCGCUGGUCAGGAAGAAAAGAGAGCCCAGGUUUUUGGACUACCUCUCUGAUCUGUGUGUGUGUAAUAAGGUUGCAAUUCCAGUAACACAAGAACUUAUCUGUCAGUGUCUGUUGAGUCCAGAGAACCAGGAUAUCCUCAUAGAAACAAGAAUUGUGAAGACCCAGGUAGAGAUGGAACUGGCUGGCGAUGAUCUUGACGGAAAGCCUCUGGAGCCGAUCAUCACACUGGAGGAGGAGGAGGACGUGGUGCUGGUCUGGGACAAUGGCAUCCAGGAGAAGGGCAUCCAUGAGCUGGCCAUGGGCUCGGCCGACAACAUUAAGGAGGACAAAGACAUCCUCGACUAUUACAGACACCAGUUGGAUUUGUUUUCACACAUGUGCCUUGACCGUCAGUAUUUGGCUAUCAACAGUUUAUCACCUCAGCUUGAUGUCGAUCUUAUACUCAAGUGUAUGUCUGAUGAACUUCUCCCAGCCGACCACCGUGCCUCAUUCUGCCGUCUCAUGUUGCACAUGCACGUAGACCGGGAACCUCAGGAACAAGUGAAACCUGUCAAGUUCGCUCGCCUGUGGUCGGAGAUUCCAACACAGAUAUCUAUAGACGAGGACAGGCUCUGGUUAUCUAACGAAAUUUACGAGUCGUCAAUCAGCAAGGUUCCUGAGAAGGAGAAGGUGAAGCACAGGUUUGCCCUGACCAUCACCUUCGUGGAGAACUACCUGUGUAACAUAGUCAACAAAACGUGGACUGAGACCGUACCAGAACAGAAUAAACUCACUUUUGAGGUUGUGAAUCUUGCUCGCCAACUCAUCUACUUUGGCUUCUACACGUUCAGUGACCUCCUGCGACUUACAAAGACUCUACUCAGCAUUCUCGAUUGUGUCCCGGACACGUCCGGAAUAGCUCUCACUCCCAUCUUAGAGAGUGUGAUGGAUGAGAAUUCUUUAUCUGAGCCUGGUCACAAGCUGAUGGUUCAAGACAUUGCCAGCCUCGCAGCCAGGAAGAAAAAGAAGGAAGAGGAGGACAUCAUCGUCAUGGAUACCAAGCUUAAAAUUAUAGAAAUACUCAAGUACCUUAUGCAUGUGCGUUUGGACUACCGGGUUACGUGGAUUCUGUCCGAGUUUAAGAAUCAGAUCUGCCCACAGUUGGGCUCCGAGUCUAUGAUAGGGAUCUGUCUUGAUUUAGAAAGUAUUGCUACCCAUGCUGAGGACAUCUUUGGUGGAAGUGCAAAAACGGCUGAGCUCGACCUCGAUGGACAGAGUGGGAAGAUGUUCCUCCGCGUUCUGCUGAACCUCGUCAUGCACAACUACCCGGCUCUGGUGUCCGGGGCCCUCCAGCUGCUGUUCCGCCACUUCAGUCAGCGCCAAGAAGUCCUGCAGACUUUCAAACAGGUUCAGUUGUUGGUGACACCGAAUGACGUAGAAAAUUACCGUCAGAUUAAGGAGAACUUGGACAACCUGCGUGUGAUGGUUGAGAAGUCCGAGUUGUGGGUGUACAAGAGUAAACCAGGAGAGGAGAAGAAGAAGAAGAAAACACCUGACAAAGAGGAUGAUGGUGAGAAGGGCGCUGGAGACAAAAAAGCCUCAAAGGCAUCUGCUAUGAAUGCGACAGAAGAACUCCGGUCUGCGAUUGAUUUUGAUAUGGGACCAGCCAUUGAUUCACAUGCCAAAAAGAAUUAUAAAGACAUCAAAGCAAUACUGAACCGGUUGACGAAACUGUGUGUUCAAGACAUAGCUGGUGGACAGCGAAAGAAGCCACGGAAACACGAACAGCGUCUGCUGAGGAACAUGGGAGCCCACACUGUGGUGCUGGAGCUGCUGCAGAUUCCGUAUGAUAAAAAUGAUGACAGCAAGAUGUUGGAACUCAUGAAGAUGGCUCAUGAAUUUCUGCAGGCAUUUUGUCUCGGCAACCAACUGAACCAGUCCCUUCUGUACCAGAGCUUGGAUCUCUUUCUGUCACCAGGCCUCCUCGAGGCUCAGACCAUGCAGUCGAUCUUCCUCGACAACGUGUCCCUGUGUAACGAAAUCAAGGACCGCGUGGUGCAGCACUUUGUGCACUGUAUUGAGACCCACGGCCGCCAUGUGCAGUACAUCAAGUUCCUACAGACCAUUGUGAAGGCCGAGGGCCAGUACAUCCGGCGCUGUCAGGAGGUCGUCAUGUCAGAGCUGGUGAAUGUGGGUGAGGAAGUGCUGCUGUUCUACAACGACCGCGCCUCCUUUGAAGUGCUGAUCGAGCUGAUGCGGUCGGAGCGACACCGCACGGACGACCGGAGUCCACUGAUGUACCACAUCCACCUGGUCCAGUUGCUGGCGCUGUGCACGGAGGGCAAGAACGUCUACACCGAGAUCAAGUGUCACUCCCUGCUGCCCCUCGAUGAUAUUGUACGAGUUGUCACACACCCAGACUGCAUUCCAGAGGUAAAAACUGCAUACAUCAAUUUCCUGAACCACUGCUAUGUGGACACAGAGGUAGAAAUGAAGGAAGUCUACACCAGCAAACACAUGUGGACUCUGUUUGAAAAUUUCCUUGUUGACAUGGCGAUGGUUUGCACAUCAACUCACGACCGAAAGCAUGCUGAUGAGGUAAUGGAGGAGUAUAUUACCAUAACGAUUAUGAACAUCAUCUCCAUGUUCUUCAGCUCACCUUUCUCCGACCAGACCACUUCUGUACAGGCCAACCAGCCCGUGUUUGUGCGCCUUCUACAAGGAGCGUUCCGUGUGUCCCACUGUUCAUGGCUGUCAGGAACACAGCGAUAUCACGUGGAGACCUGCAUCAAAACUCUGUCUGAGAGCGCCAAGAGUCGCGGUGUGGCUAUCCCUGUAGACCUGGACAGUCAGGUGAACACCAUCUUCGAGAAGACGCAGAUAGUGAUGAAACACACAAACAAGUGGAUGUCUGGGGCUCGGAUUAAUCGCCGCGAGUCCGGGAUUGAUGCCUCUAAAGAUUCAAAGAACAUUAUUGAAGGCUUACAGGACAUUGUGUCCACCUUGGAGGACCAGUUGCGUCCCUUGGUUCAAGCGGAGCUCUCUGUUUUAGUUGAUGUGUUACAUCGACCAGAGCUUCUUUUCCCACCAGGGACUGAUGCACGUAAAAAGUGCGAAAGUGGUGGAUUUUUGUCAAGACUGAUCCAGCACACUAAGAAGCUGUUGGAGGAGAAGGAGGAGAAGCUGUGUAUUAAAGUCCUCCAGACCCUCAAGGAGAUGAUGACCAUCGACAUCGAGUACGGAGACAAGGUGGACAUAAAGGCAAUGAGUAGAAAGGAACUUGAGAACCACCGCAGGGGAGAAGCACUGCGACAGAAUCUUCUGACACGUUACUACGGGCGUUCAAAUCCACGUAACCAUAGAGACAAUGCGGGAGAUGGCCGUACCAGUGUUAAUCCAGGCAGCGUGAUUCUGUCUCGGGCCGAGAUGACGCUCCAUGAUGUACAGUGCCACUUGGACCGAGAAGGUGCGACAGAUUUAAUUGUGGACCUUAUUAUCAGAAACUCGUCCAACCGAAUAUUCCUGGAGACAGUGGAGCUCGGGAUAGCCUUAUUAGAGGGUGGCAACAACACUAUACAGAAUUCCCUGUACACAAAGCUCACAAAUGACAAGACGAGCUGUGAGGUGUUUUUCAAAGUGUUUUAUGACCGGAUGAAGGACGCACAGCAGGAAAUCAAAAACACUGUCAGUGUGAAUAUGACUGACGGGGAGAACAAAAUCGCUACCACCGAUAAAAGUGUGAAAGGGAAGAAAGACGCUUUACCUUCCUCACCUGCUGAAUAUUACGAGAAAUUUUUCCCGAAUCUUUCUACCGAAGGUCGUGAUAAUGAUCCUGCCGUGAGCAGUGAGCUGAGAAACCAGUUUGACGAGGCAGCCAACCAGACAAACCGAGCGUUGAGUCACGUGCGUCAGUCUCACGGGCGCACGGCGGAACCGGACAUCGAUGGAGUGCGACACGUGCAGCUGUUGUCGGAAGAUGCGGCCGACAAGACGCAGAAAGAGCGCGACCAGAAGCUGCUGCCUCCGCAAGUGGCCAUGAUGAGACAGAUUCUACGGUUCCUACAGCUACUGUGUGAAAACCACAACCACGAUCUACAGAACUUCUUACAAAAGCAGCACACAACGAAGACGUCGUUCAACCUGGUGUGUGAGACCCUCCAGUUCCUCGACUGUAUCUGUGGCAGCACCUCGGGCGGCCUCGGCUUGCUCGGCCUCUACAUCACUGAGGAAAACGUUGACCUCAUUAACCAGGCCCUCACCAGUCUCACAGAAUACUGCCAGGGGCCGUGCCACGAUAAUCAGAAUGCCAUUGCAACACAUGAAAGCAAUGGAAUUGACAUUAUCAUUGCCUUGUUGCUGAACGACAUAAACCCGCUAGGUCGACAGAGGAUGGAUCUUGUCCUAGAGCUGAAGAACAAUGCCUCUAAGCUGCUGUUGGCUGUGAUGGAAAGUCGUCACGACAGCGAAAAUGCCGAGAGAAUUCUUUGUAACAUGAGUCCCAAACAGCUGGUGGAUGUUGCCAAGCAGGCGUUCCACUCAGAAGAUGUUGCAGAGGAUGAGAACGGAGACGAAGAAAGAGAAGCAUCACCUAAAGCUGUUGGUCACAACAUAUUUAUCUUAGCUCACCAGCUUUCCCUGCACAGCAAGGAGUUGUCAGAUCUACUGAAGCCAAGUGGAACUGACCUGUAUGGAGACCAGGCUCUGGAAUAUUACGCAAAGCACACUGCACAGAUUGAGAUUGUGCGACAAGAUCGGACGAUGGAGCGGAUUGUGUUUCCAAUCCCAGAAAUCUGUGCAUACCUUACGGAGGAGAGCAAGGUGAAGAUGUUCAACUCGGCUGAGCGUGACGAGCAGGGCUCGAAAAUCCCAUACUUCUUCGAGACCCACGAAGAGCUGUACGCAGAGAUGAAGUGGCAGAAAAUGUUGAGAGCCAACCACCUUCUGUUCUGGUUCAGCAGUAACAUGUUGCUGUGGGGCAGCAUCUCGUUCAACUUCGCUCUCAUCAUCAACCUCCUCGUCGCCUUCUUCUACCCCUUCGCAGACUCCAACAAAGAGUUGGACCCGCGUUUGUCUGGCCUGGUAUGGACCGCCAUGUUGGUGUCACUGGCGAUUGUGAUCACCAUUCCACGGCCGGCAGGAAUCAGAACUCUGAUCGUGUCCACCAUUCUCAGACUGAUCUUCUCUGUCGGCCUCGGACCCACACUCUGGCUGCUGGGAAGUCUAAAUGUAAUAAACAAAUUUGUGUUCCUCAUCAGUUUAAUGGGUAACCGGGGCACGUUCACAAAACCACUGCAUACAAUUCUCACCGACUUCGAAGUGAUGUAUCAUGUUUGUUACCUUCUACUCUGUAUUCUUGGACUGUGCGUCCAUGAAUUCUUUUAUAGUCUUCUGUUGCUUGACGUGGUGUACCGUGAGGAGACUCUACUGAACGUGAUCCGGUCGGUGACACGCAACGGCCGCUCCAUCGUGCUGACCGCCGUGUUGGCCGUCAUCCUCAUCUACCUCUUCUCCAUUAUCGGCUUUAUGUUCUUCCGCAACGACUUCGUCAUGGAGGUCGAACCCGUCCUCAGCCUCUCCGACCAUAGCAAUGCCACAAAAGUGAAUGCGAGUGACAAAGCGACGUGUACUGCGGGUGAAGAGAACUGUACCGUCACGGAAUCUCUCGUCAGUCAGCUGCUUCGAGUGGGAGGAGAGUCACUACAGCUGUCUGAAAGAGUUGAGACUGAAGAAGGGAAGCAGCGAGCGUGUGACUCUCUCAUCAUGUGUAUCGUCACCUCCCUCAAUCAGGGUCUGCGGAACGGCGGAGGUAUCGGGGACGUUCUCCGCCGGCCAAGUAGUCAGGAACCACUGUAUGCUGCACGGAUUGUGUACGAUCUUCUCUUCUUCUUCAUCAUCAUCAUUAUCGUCCUCAACCUCAUUUUUGGUGUCAUCAUCGACACAUUCGCUGAUCUCAGAAGUGAAAAACAGACUAAGGACGAGAUUCUUCGCAACUCCUGUUUUAUUUGUGGAUCUGAGCGGAAGCUGUUUGAUAACCGUACGACCUCGUUUGAGGAACACAUUCGCUCAGAGCACAACAUGUGGCACUAUCUCUACUUCAUCAUCCUCGUGAAGGUCAAGGACCCCACGGAGUUCACAGGUCCAGAGAGCUAUGUGUAUUCCUUAACAAAUGAGAAAAUUCUCGACUGGUUUCCACGGAUGCGAGCAAUGUCGUUGACAGCAGAUGAGGGAGAGUCAGAGCAGAAUGAAUUCCGCAAUCUACAGCAGCAGCUCGACAACACCAACAGACUGGUGAUAACUCUAUCACAGCAGCUCACCGAUCUCAAAGAACAGAUGACAGAACAGAGAAAACUAAAACAACGGAUUGGUCUGCUCCACCAUACACCAGCCAUGCCAUACCAACUAAACCAGGGAUUGCCGUCUUAACAGUUUGAAGACAGCCACUGUGACAUAUAUCAUGUAUCUUUCCGUGUUUAAUUCCAAACGUUAUUCAACACACGUACUACCACCACUACACAUGUUCAUUCCAGUCUUUACCUGCUAGUAGUGUAGUUUGUGUUUUUCAACCAUUUGUAUUCAGUGCCUAGUCAGGGAAUUCUAGUUGGCCAUGACUGUUUGUAAGUAGGUCGGCAUGCAGUACAUUAUGGAGAGAAAGGGUGGACUAAUUACAGAUACCUGUCUUUCAGAGAUGAAAAUACUUGUUAUUUUUCUGGAAUAUGGAUUUAAGUGUUACCUAAAACCAGUUUCUCUUCUUGUUCAUUGAUGUCGAGCUCACUGUAACAUCUAAUUUUCGAAGACCUUUUAAAGUUUUCCAGAUUUGUUCAACUGUUGUCCAUUGGCAUUUUCAUCCAUGAUCUUUUACGCAGGCUUUCUAGCUGUUUGCCAGCUUCCAGAACUACACUAAAACAAUACUAGUGCAAGUUUUGGAGCUUUGUUAACCUAUGCUGAGCUGUGCACUCAUCCUAGUACCUUGAUGAGUUAAUGUUUAUAUUAAAAAUUCUCAUCAUAAACUUGACAAAGGUAACUGAAGAUAGUGCUGGAUUUUGAAAGUCAAAGUUAUUUACUGGAGCUGUUUGUAAUUAACUACAAUGAACUCUUUUCUCAGUUAUUUGCUUUCAGAUAUCUCGUAUUUGUCUAUUUCUUUUGUGUUGUAUUUUGGUAAUGCAUUGUUUCCAGUUUACCGAUGCAUUGUUAUUUUAACUACACUGUAUAUGGCCCUGAUGUAUACAAACAUAUGGCACAAAUAUUUUAAUUAUGUUGAUUGACUGGCUUGUCUCCAUUUUGGUAUGUUAGUUGUAUUAAUGGCACUUCGAAUAAACAACCACAUGUAUAAAGGACACUUCAGUCGUAAAUUUUAAACUGUGUUCUGAAGAUUUCUUCCUUUGUAAUCUAUAUUUAACAGAAUAGACAUACAGUGUAUUAUGCUAUGUGUAUUUGAUAAGGAAAUAUUUUCACAGGCUUUUAAGAAUUGAAAACUGGCAUAAACCAUUUAUAGGAUAUACAAAAACAACAUUCAGGUAACUAAUUUUGUUAAUGCACCUCAAAAAAAAAAGGUUACGAUAAACUACACUUGUGUGAGCGACAUACAAAGAAAACUAUCAUUCACAGGUCUGUUUUAUGCAUUAAAUAUUCAAUAAUCAACCUGAGUAAAGGGGUUAGCUAAACCAAUAUUGAAUGGUUAAUGGCUAAAUACACAUGUAGAUACCAGUGUGUAUUGAAUAAUAUGGACAAUAUAAGUUGGCCACCUGAGACAUUUGACCUUAAUUAUAUAGGUGGCUACAGGUUUGAUCAUGCAUUUGUAUUUUUAGCACUUCCAAGUUGGCUAUAUUUGAGCUAGCCAUUCUAACCAGCAGCAUUUGUAUAGUGCCAACAUAAUUGUCAUUCCAGGUAGUUCUGUCAGUUUCAGCAAAGAGGACUGCAUAACAUGGUGGAGUAGGUCCUGUUUUUAAAAUGGCAUCUCAUUACAAUAGCGAAUUUCCUUGUAUAAACAUUUAUAGAUGUUCAGUACAAAUUAAGUUGCAUAUUACAAAGACAUAAUUAUAUAUUACCUGAUCUCAAACCUAUAUAUAUAUUCUUGUAAGAUUAUUAGAAUUUCCAGGUUGUAUGAUUACUAAUAAUAAUUGUUUUAAAUAAUAAACAAUAUACAUUGUAUAUACAUGUACCUUGUGCAUAAUUUGUAACUAGAUUUAUGCUACAUUAUUUUGCGCCACAACCAUCGUACACAAUUUUUUCAAAUGUUAUUUUGUUAAUUUGGUAUUCUACUGAAUAAAUGCUUUGAAUAGAAAAGCUAUGCUUGUACAUUUCUGCAUUUUUAAACAUAACAUGAUGAAGUGUGGUGAAUGACGUUAUAUUAAAUAUUAUAGUAGAAUUAUUGCAGAGUUUUUUUCUAAAUACAUGUUCCUUUGUUUCUAACGUCUUGGUAAAUAAGAAUUUGCCUUUUUUUUGUACAAGAGUUUAAAUGAAGUUUAUUGUUAUUGUCGAGUCUCAAAUAAAAAUUCUGGGUAAGAAAUGUGUCCCACUUUGUUAUAUAACCCUGUGUGAUAAAUUGUGAUAUUGCACAACAAACAGUCUCUUAUCAUGUGUAUGUUUGUGUAACUGUUUAUCCCUACAUGAAAAUGGAUAGUUGUUGUCUGUGUUGACUACUAACUAUGCUUUCACCAACAAUAGUUUAUUUGUUGUCUUCUUUUAAAUUCACAUUUUCCCUUUCUGUUUUUAAAUUUGUCAUGACUUUUCAGUUUUACUUCUAGUGUGACCAUAUACUUCAUCAUCAGUUUAGCCAAAACUACAGUUUAAUAGCACUUUCUUUACUAAUUACUAAUUUCAUUGAACAGUUUAAGUCGGUUAUAGCACCUUUACAGAACUUAAUAUUUUUAUUAAUUAAGAAAUACACCAUUUAUCUACAAUAUUGAUAAUACAUGUAUGAUAUCAUAAAUUAUUAUUCAUAUGGUUCAUUAUGAAUGGUGCUGUAAAUGUUUUUCACAUACUAUACUGCGAUAUGCUUUCAUAGAAUCUUCUUACAGUUUGGUGCAAUUGAUAACCGUAGCAUAUUAGUGGUGUCUAAAGAUGUUCAUGUUAUUCAAAAUUGUUUACAGUGUGCUUUCAGAUAAUGAAUAUGUUACCCGCUAUAACAUAAGAAUUGUUAUUACAUUAUCAUGUGUGAUAUGCAUGGAUGUGACAGGAAGCUUGUUUUAGUUGAACGUGUGGAACUCAUGUCAAAAAGCGUGGAUGAUAAAUGUCACAUUCACAACUCAACACACACGUAAUAUGAUCGUUACUUAGCUUCAUCUAUUUUCAGAUAUUUUUAAGCAUUGGCAUUUUUCUUUUUUUAAUUGACUUAACAAUGGAUUAUAGGAAACUAUAAUCAUAAUUACUUGAUAUAUGUGCCGAUAUCAAAUUAAUGUUAAGACACAUGUGUCCUGGGUGCAACAUCUAACAUCGCCAGUGGCUGGAAUCUGGCUGGGACUAAGUAUUGGAAACUGGAAUGGUCAUUUAAAUUAUGUUAAUCAGUAUUUUUAAGAGCUUUUAGAAACUUGUCUUAAUGUAAAUAAUUAUGUUCAUAAGCCUAUGAGACAGGCAACUCUUUCUGUCCCUCCCCCACCCCACCACCCAAAUCCUGGAGAAAAUCCUAAAAUUUUGGCAAAAACAAUAGAUAAAUUUGGGUAAAAUGAGCUAGCUUUAAUACUUUUCACCAUAUAUUUUCAUUAUUCUACGCAUUGUGGGUUGUAAUCCAUGUAAAAAUGCACAGUGAUUCGUUUGCAACCCUAUCCUUUAUAUAGCUGUUUGGCAGUAAUGCAAACGUUGUAAUCUAGAUUCAGUCACUUUUGUUUAAUUUGGGCGAAAAUCAGCCUGCCCGCCUACAAAAAUGGGAGCCCAUAUGCCUGUGAUUAUGGUGAUUGUAAAUUUGGGUGGGGUUUUUUGCCAACCUCAUGUUGUGUUACACACAUGAAAUAUAGUUCAUUGUGUAUACAUUUCUUCACUUUUUCACGAUUGAAUUUAUUAUAAUUUCCAAUACUCCCUUGUUUCAUAAAUGUUGAGUUACUCAAAUCAGUUUCUAAAAUGAGUUGUAUUAUUUUUUACCCCAAUACGUUUAUUUUUAUUUUUGGUGUGUACAUACUCUGUUUUGACUUGUAUGUUAUUUAAUAUUCUGGGGUUUUAUAGGGUGGAUUUUUUAUUAUUAUUAUUUUCGUGUCUCUUUUUUUUGGUUUGGCUUUCUUUUACUUCUUUCCCACAUUCCACCUUUCCUGCCCAGCACAUGUAAUGUUGUCCUGUUCUGUCACAUAUCAAUGUAAAUAACCAUAUACCAGGGCUCACCCUGGAUACAAAAUACCUGUAGCCAGUUAUUAUACAAGUUGAAGGAUUUCAUAUUUAUAUACAUUGUAAUAUGUUGUAUAUUCAGAUAUUAAGCUAUAUUUAUAUGUAGAUAUAUAGAUGCCUGUAGUAUAGGAGGAGGUAAAAUAAUGUAUCAUAUAAUAUCUUACAUUUUCAGUGUAAUCAAAGUAUGUGGUAUUUUUCAGAUCACAUACUUUAAGAAUUUGAUAACUUUGCAAAUUAGAUGUUAAUUAGUCGAGGUCUCGGCACUAGGUUUA